AUGGAUAAAAAGAUAAUGCGUAAAGGGCCGCUGCCUGGGGGUCGCCGGGGCGCGUCUGGUGCUGGCGCUGGACGCGGCAGCAUGCGGGCCGCCAGCCGAGUGCGAGGAGCUGCACGGUCACCUAGCAGCCCUCCGCAUCCAUCAUCCCCACCAGAAGGCUUGGUGUCGGCUGGGUCUUCUCGGACUCAGCAAGCGGCACCCGCCGCUGGUGGAGCACGUCGCAUGCGUUGGUCACAAGCAAUGAACGCAAACACACUGCGGGCGUACUUUAGGGCAAAAGGGAAAGAAACUGGAUGUUUGGCGUAUCGGGCUAGGAUGCAUCGUCUUUUUGCUGAGCUGGAGCCAUCUUUAACCGUCACAGAGCAAAACCUGGCAGACCGAGUUCGGUAUAUCUUGCGCUCAAAUAUAUUUGAUGUCGCCGAACUCGAACGGCUACGACGUGAGGCUGUUCCCUCAUCGGAUGAAAAUGCUACGGCUGAGGAUGCGGCGCCACAAAUUGUAGAGCAACCCGCAAACGUGGAUGCCGCCGUGAAUACCCCAGUUGUGGUUGAUUCAAACGAUGAUGGAACAGUCGCCCGUGCAUGUAUAAUAAAGGUAUAA